UUGACUUUAAUGAAUUGGUCUGGUGAGGAGAAUAUCUCACCAUGGCUCAAGAUAACAGCAAUUCCACGAUGGAGAUGGGCACCAGUGACCAGGUCCUGGUAGCCUCAGCAAAGAAAAAGACAGUCACGUACAUAGUCGGCUUCGUAGCCAUGGUGGCCGUAAUCGCUGUAGUCGUGACGCUGGUAGUCGUGCUGUCAGGGAAUGAGGGAGGCUCGUCGCCCGUGACUACGGACCGCCCUACAACAGUGACACCACCGACUACUGUACCCCCUACGGUGCAACCGCCAACGGUGGCGCCGACACCGGAACCGGAAACGGAAACGGAACCUCCGGAGCCAGAAGAACAGCCAAUAGAAUUAGAGGACGUCAUCAAUGGCGUGUUCUCUCCGCCCUCCUUUAAUGGGUCUUGGACUUCAGAAAGUGACAUUUUGUUCCGCAAUGAAAAUGGCGACUUAGUACUUUUCGACUUGGACUCGGACAGCACUACCAUCUUGAUCUCCAAUACUUCUGAGGUCUUACAGCAGUCGUCUCGCUUCACCGAGCUAUCACCAGACGGAACGCAAGUAGCGUUAGCGUACAGCGUAGUGCCCGUAUACAGAUACAGUUACCUCGCCCGCUACACCGCUUUCGACAUCAACACAGGGGAAACCAAAGAUAUCCUCCCCCCCACCGUCGCCCGCAGUACCGAUGGAUUCCUACAAAACUUCAUAUGGGGACCAUCUGGGACCUCCCUAGCCUUCGUGUAUACUAACAACAUAUACUAUCAGGCUAAUUUGACUGAGGACCCGGUGCAGAUUACGACGAGUGGGCAGUUGUAUGUCAUUUAUAAUGGCAUACCUGACUGGGUUUAUGAAGAGGAGGUAUUCGGCUCCAACAACGCGAUGUGGUUCUCAGCUGACGGCGAGCACUUAGCGUACGUCACGUUCGACGACACGAAUGUUCGCAUCAUGCGUGUACCCCACUACGGUGUACCCGGCUCUGUCGACUAUCAAUACACGCAGCACCAUGAGAUCCGGUACCCUAAGCCUGGCACAACCAACCCGACGGUGACGGUGACACUACGGAACCUGGAGUCCGGCGCUAGCGCGGUCUACUCCGCGCCUACUGACUUGAAUGAGCCAAUUUUGAAAGCCGUGAAGUUCGUCACUAGUGACACCAUCGCCCUGAUGUGGACCAACCGCGUCCAGACCACCAUGCAGGUGCUCACUUGCACUCUUGGAACGGCCAAUUGCACCCAGAUUUACACAUACACCGAGACCAACGGCUGGAUCGACAACAUUCCUCUCAUCUUCAACGCGCAAGGAACCGCUUUCAUCACCAUCCUGCCUCAAGCAGUCGACGGUACCCUCUACAAACAAAUUGUCCAAAUCUCGGCCCCAGCCACCGGCAAUGACUGGACUCUGCAGAACCGCGUCAACACUGCCCAUACUGUCGCUGAGGUUUUGAAGUGGACUGAUAAUGACAUUAUCUGGUACAAGGCCACAAGCGUAAACGACUCCGCAGAGCAGCAUAUCUACUCGAUCAACUCCGAAGGCUCCGUCGACUGCUUUACAUGCGAGAUAGCCAGGGAAGAUGGUGGACAAUGUCUUUACAACGAUGGCAUUGUCAGUGAAGAUGGGAAUAGGAUCAUUGUUAACUGCGCUGGACCUGAUCUGCCGCAGGUCUACAUCUAUAACUCUAACCGCACGCUCGAGCUGGACUGGGACGAUAACAGUGCAGCAAGCGCUGUGGUCUCCAACCGCAUACUGCCGGUGACCCUGCGGCUUUCCGUGCCGGUUGCCACCGGCUUGCCUGACGCUGACGUCCAACUGCUGCUACCCCAUGAUUAUGAGCAGAGAACGAACGUGCCUAUGCUCGUCUAUGUCUACGGCGGUCCAGACACAGCUCUCGUCACUAAACAAUGGAGCAUCCACUGGGGAACCUCGUUGGUCAGUCGCUGGAAUAUCGCCGUCGCCCACAUUGACGGUCGAGGCUCUGGGUUGAGAGGAGUCGCGAACAUGUUCGCGGUUAACCGGGCGCUGGGAACUGUAGAGAUUGAGGACCAGAUCUCCGUUACCAGAUACCUCCACGAAAACCUCUCUUUCCUGGACUCUAACCGCACCUGCAUUUGGGGCUGGUCUUACGGCGGUUACGCUGCUUCUCUGGCCUUAGCUCGCGGAGGAGAUGUCUUCAGAUGUGCAGCGGCUGUCGCUCCUGUCGUGGACUGGAGAUUCUAUGACUCAAUAUACACAGAGCGAUAUAUGGAUACUCCGCAGCAGAACUCAGCCGCUUACACUGCAUCUUCGCUUUUGACAAAUGAAGUGGUGGAAGCGUACAGAAACAAACGCUACUUCCUGAUCCAUGGCACAGCAGACGACAACGUGCAUUACCAGCACGCUAUGCGGGUCUCACGGUUGCUACAGCGCGAAGAUGUUUACUUCACGCAAAUGAGUUACACAGACGAAGACCAUGGACUAGCCGGCGUUCGGCCCCACCUUUAUCACGCUUUAGAGAAGUUCCUAACAGAAAACAUGCUGUAAAUAAACAAUGUAUAGAAGUAAAUAUUGCUCAGUGAAGUUAUUAGACACAGUAACUAAUUUAGGAACAUGGUUCAUUGAAGUAAUACGUCUAAGUAUUUUACUUUUAUCUGUUUUUUCAACUAUAAAGUACUACGCCAUACAUUUUUCUAUGCAAGGAAGACAUGAGCGUUCCAUGCUAUUUCCUAUGGGCAACUUCAUAGCUUAAAAAACGGAUUUGUGACAAAUAUUUAAGUAUAGAAUCAGUAUCGUGAUCGAGCUCGAUCGAUUUUUGUCUAAUUUGCCAUUUGUGAUUGUGCACGGGAAAAGGACCCACUUCAUUAUUUACUCUAACGGGACUUAAUCGCGUAUACUUAAACUUGAAAUUAGCUUCGACAUUUCGAGGAUGACAUUGUCCCCGUGGUCUCGGAAAAAGACUUCAUCAUUUUGAGUCUUUCUAAAAAUAAAAAUGCCUAUGUGACAAUCGAAAAAGUUUAAAUCAGGACCCACUUAAUUGUCGGCUUUUAUUAGGUUGUUACCUACCAGUGUUACUGCAAAAAAAAUGCAGAAAUUAUACUUGCUCUUAACCGACCAGGUGAUUUUUUUUCGUCUAUGCCAUAAAUUUUUUGUCCUACGGAAGGCUUAUCUUAGCCUUAAAGGCUUAAGCCCUUUACUCACAAAAACCUUUUCGCCGCCAUGUCAAUGAAGUAAUGAAAUGUCAGAAAUGUCAAGCAGCAAAUUACACGUAAAAUAACUUCAUGCACGUAAACAAACCUGACCAAAGCGUCGACUUGAUAUGAAGUCAUGGCGUGUGGGGCACUAAAUGUACUGACUCUAUAUCAAGUCAAUGACCGCAAAAAGGUUCGUUAGAUUUCUGUUUGUAUUAGCAAUAUCUACAUAUUCUGUGUCUAAUCUAUUACUUCAAUGUACCAUCAUGACAACUCUAGUCGCCUAAGGUUUACUCCAAGGCUUAAAGAAAUAGUUUAUGUAAACAUUUGAUACUUCAUUAUAAACAUUUCCAUUGUUAAACGAAUAAGGACCUUGUUUCUGCAUUUAAUAUAAAGCCUGAUCAGAAAUAUAUGAUCAUUGUCAAGAGGGCGCUGUUAUUCUCAUGUAUACGGUUACAGUUCAGUAUAGUAUGAAAAGAAUUAGUUCCAGUGAAAUUCCGCAACAUGGCGCGUGAUCAUAUAUUUCUGGUCAGGCUUUACAAAUAUUUCAGGUUUUCGUCAGUCUGGAUGUUUUGAAUGUAAAAUUAGUAGUCAUUUAAAAAAAUUACACAUUCCUUAAGCAGAUAAGAAAUAGAAACAUCACAAAAGCUUAAAAUCUUAAUUUGCAAUACCUAUUUUAUUAUUGUUUAUAAUUUUAAGAAGAAAGUGAACUAAAACAGGGUAUGAACUUCCAAUGUCUAAUUGCUUUAGAUGGCCGAAUUUUAAUCUGUGUAGUGUUAUUGUUAUAAUUACGAACAAAAAACAUGAAUAAUGACAGCGCAAUAUUUUUUACUUUUUUUAACAAUUGUUACCAGUGUAAAAAUUUUGUAUGGGAUUUUGAACAGCGCGCCAAGGACGUUUUGGAAACUCAAAAUCCCAUACAAAAUGACACUUAACUCAAACGCGUACGUCACAUCACGCUAUCGAAUGAAAUGUACAGUCGCCAUCAGAUAUAUCGGAGCGGCCGAGGUGCUCACAAAUAUCUGAAAACGCCUCUAUUGUCAAGGCGUUAGAGUGUGUGUUCAGAUAUUUUGAACACCUUGGCCGUUGCGAUAUAUCUGAUGGCGACUGUACACUAGGGGUCCAGUUUAAAAUAUUACAAAACAGUAUUCCGUUUUCCACUUAAAUCAAAGUAUUUAUGUUAUAAUUUAUGGAGUUUAAAAGUCGUUAAAGAUGUAAAUGCGAAAAAAUAUAAUAUAUCAUGACAUUGUAAAUAAUUUAUUAAUGUAUAUUUGUAUGUUUUUAAAAUCCAGAAUCGGUAAUAGAAACCAAUAUUUAUAAAGAAUUAUAAUAAUAGGUACGAUAUUCCUAGAGUAUCUAAUAGUUGUAACUUUAAUAAGUAUUAUAGUUUCAGUGGAAUAAUAAGCAAUACCAUUUCUUGUAAAUAUUUAAAUGUAAUGAGAGAAAAAAAUCCUUUUAAUUAAAUAAUAUUUUGUAUAAAAA